CUAUCUGUGUCUUGAGGUGUAAAAAUAUGAUUUCCUGGCAGUUCAGCAGUAACCUUUUCUAAUGGAAGGAUUCAACACUGUUAUUUUCCGCUCAUAGUACUAGAACAUAGUACAUAGUACAGAGCCCUACAUGAGAGUCUAGGGGGUAAAGUGAGAAAGAGGGAGGAAAUGAGAGGGAAUGGGAAGCACGAGCAGGUGAAUAGAGUGCAUAGUGUUCUGCGGGCUUGGGUCAGGUUUCUGGGUCAGUUCUGGUAACACCGCUGCCCAGCAGCACUAUGUUGAGGUUCAGUCUGGGUGACUGUAACUGUGAAGCACUGGACCAGAACCAUAGUACACACCCCUUGCUCUACUCUAAAAUCUGUGUGUUUCCAUGAGCUAAAGACAGACACAUAUCUGGUGCCUUCAGUCUUCAGUGUUUUGAGCUUAACCAGAAGGAAACCGCUGAAGCCACUGGACACGAGACGAGCCUGCUGUCUGACAGAAUGUCCUUUGAACGCGCGAUCUUCAUAACUGUAAUAGCACUGACGUUUAUAACCUUGUGUGACACAAUCAAGCCCACUCAGAGGCCGAAGUACCAGUACACCAAGAAACCCCCCCGAGAGGUGGUCCAAACUACUGUAUAUGUAGGCAAGCCUACAGUCACCGCACGGAUUGUGGACUACACCAAAACAAAAGAGCGCUUCCCUGCACACGUCACAGAGAGCACUACAGUUCCUGCUGACAGCUAUAUAGACUACCCAACAGACACCACCGCAUCACCCACCACGGCCAAAGACAAUUACACACUAGACUACAAUGAAUGCUACUUCAACUUCUGUGAGUGCUGCCCUCCAGAGAAAGGCCCGCAAGGCUUCAAAGGAGAUAUAGGACUCCCAGGCCCACCUGGAGAAAAGGGAGCACCUGGACCUAAAGGUACGCCGGGCCCAACAGGGCCAAAGGGCUUUACAGGAUCUAAAGGAGAUAAAGGAGAGAAAGGGGAUCAAGGAAACACAGGAUUCACUGGAUCUACAGGCAUCCAGGGAAAGGCUGGAAUGAAAGGUGAGAUAGGACUUAAAGGUGAGAAGGGUGCAGCUGGAUUUGCAGGAUUCAAAGGUUCGAAAGGAGAAAAAGGAGAUCCAAAUUUGAAUGUGUCAAGAGGUGACCAGGGAGAGCCAGGCAAAGAUGGACCACCGGGACCCCAAGGCAUGACUGGUGACAAGGGUGAAAAGGGUGAUAGAGGAGAGUGCGGUUUACUUGGUGAGGGGGGCCAGAAAGGUGAGCCUGGUGAUCCUGGACCACCAGGUGUGCGUGGAGACCCUGGUCCAUCUGGACAACAUGGCAUGCACGGGACUCCAGGAAUCGCCGGAGAACGUGGGGAACCAGGAAUUCCUGGAGCAAAGGGUGAGCCAGGAGCACGGGGACCAGCAGGAGUCAAAGGUAUACGAGGUCUGAGAGGAAUGAAGGGUGACCGUGGCCCCCAAGGGAAACGUGGAGACCGAGGCCUACGGGGACUGAAGGGUUCUAUGGGUCAAAAUGGAUCAAGACUACGGUCUGCUUUCAGUGUUGGACUAUAUCCAAGCAAGUCUUUCCCUCCAUCAGGAUUUCCAGUUCGCUUCGACAAGGUCUUCUACAAUGGAGAACACCAUUACGACAUAGUCACGAGCAAAUUCAACUGCACCUACUCAGGAGUUUACGUGUUCUCCUACCAAAUCACGGUGAGAAACAAGCCGCUGCGGGCUUCUCUGGUGGUGAAUGGAGUGCGUAAGGUACGUUCGAGAGACACCCUACAGGGUCAAGACAUUGACCAGGCAUCCAAUCUAGUGAUCCUGAAGCUGGAUGUGGGAGACCAGGUGUGGGUAGAGACGCUGAGAGACUGGAACGGUGUCUACUCCAGCAGCGAGGAUGACAGCACCUUCUCUGGGUUCUUGCUCUACCCUGACUAACACCUUCUUCAUGGCUAGAUCUUGAACUGAACUUUACAUGACAUGGACAUGGGAGAACUUUAUGACCAGUUACAGUAGAUGUAGUGUUUUAUCAUAGAGAGAGAAGUGUACUGUUUAAACAAGUAUUAAAACGACUAUCCCAUUUUGUUAACCACACCAGAUUUGGUUUCAAAGUGAAAUGUCUUAUUUUAUACAAAGAAAUAUCUAAACUACAUAUCCACAAAACUAUCAUACAUUGCACAGUAUGUGUUGUGAGAGCACUGUGCAUCUCUUUUUACCAACUGUUUUGGACAUUCAGUACAUGUUAAAACUUUCUGAUGAGGAAAUAAUUGUUCAAAUUAGAUUAUAAGUCUUCUUUCAAUUAUUUUUGCCUGUUGGUAUACAGACCUUAUUUACCGCUCAGACAUAUGACAUUUUGACAAAAAACAAACAAAAAAGUGUGAUUUGAAUGAUUCUGACAAAGUAAAACAUCAUGUAUGAUGGGAUCAACAAAAACAAAUCGUCAAAUCAUAUCAUAUGCUAUGUAUUGUAUGAAAUACAAAUCACAAUGUAGGCUUUGGGCUGAUGGGUUUCUGAGCACUAAAGUAAUAAAAUCAAG